AUGAUGCCUAAGAAUAAGGGUAAGGGAGGUAAAAACCGUCGCCGCGGAAAAAAUGAGAAUGACAAAGAGAAGCGAGAGUUGAUUUUCAAAGAAGAGGGCCAAGAGUACGCGCAAGUCCUCAAGAUGCUGGGCAAUGGUCGCCUUGAAGCCUUCUGCUUCGAUAGUUCAAGACGUAUGGCACACAUUCGCGGCAAAUUAAGAAAAAAAAUAUGGAUAAAUCAAGGAGAUAUUAUCCUCAUCUCCUUGCGCGAAUAUCAAGAUGAAAAAGGGGAUGUCAUCGUUAAGUAUUCUGCCGACGAGGCUCGUUCACUAAAGGCAUAUGGAGAACUGCCCGAGGGCGCUAAGAUCAAUGAAACAGAUACUUACGGUCAGGAAGGCGAUGGUGACUGCAAUUUUGAGUUUGAUGAAGAAAGAAGCGAAAGUGAAGAUGAUGAGCAAAACAAAAUGGUAGACAUUGACGAUAUUUAA